AUGGCUUCUAAUCCCACUCGCCUACAACGGUCUAUCGGUGGGCUUCUCGGCGCCCACGCGGGCGACUCCCUAGGCGCUACCUUUGAGUUCCAGAGCUAUGCCGAAAUCAAAAAGUCAUAUCCUACCGGCCUGCGUGAAAUAGUCGGUGGUGGUAUUUUCCAGUUUCCGGUCGGAGCUGCAACCGACGACACCGAUAUGACGCGCGGUGUCCUCCUUGCUUAUUACCACCACCUUAUACCUAAGGAGUCUAGGCAGCAGCAACUACUAGACGACGACUCUCAGUCAGGUAGCGCCGUUAUAGACAGCCAUGAUGUGGUUAAGCUGGCUGCGCAGUAUUUCUUGAACUGGCUGAACGGCGACUGGCCAGGUCGGCAGAAGGGCGGGCGACCAGUCGAUAUUGGCGGCGCGACACUGGCGGGCCUGCUAAAACUCAACGGAAUAGAAAAUCUGGAUCAGGCCGGGGCCGGGAUCGGGCAAGCGGGCAAUGGGAGCCUCAUGAGAUGUAUCCCUACAGGGAUUUUCCAGGCAUGCCGAGCAGAAAUGAUGGAGCAGUCGAUGAGGAUAUCAGCAAUCACACAUAAUGAUGCAAGGUGUACAAUCUCAUGUGCGGCAUAUAACACGAUAGUGUAUGCCUUGCUACGGGAGAAGUCACCAAGAGAGGCUAUAGAUGAAGCUCUCCAGGCUGCGAAAAGUCUAGAGGAGAGCUGUGAUCAAGAUACUGGCCGUGCGGUAGAGAAGGCGAUCCGUCUAGGUCUAACGUUAAGCACGGCGGAUAUGGCUACGAAUGGGCCCAAGGAGUUGCAAGGCAAAGCAAAAGGUUAUGUGCUUGAGUCUCUCUCAAUUGCAGUGGCUGCCUUAAUAGAUACACGUCCACUAGAGGAUAUUUUAGUGGAUGUUGUUCGGAUUGGAGGUGACACGGACACAAAUGCUGCUAUUGCCGGAGGCCUUCUCGGAGUCCGUGAUGGUGUUGAUGCUAUCCCCUUAAGAUGGCGCGAGACGCUUCAGUUUCACCAAGAGUUUGAAAGGAUUGGAAGUCUCUUAGUAGAGGCUACUAAAAAUAGUUACUGUGAAUAA